AUGGCUACGAAUGAAAACCAUCUCAAACUUAUGUUCUUGCUAAUGUUAUCAUGCUUGUGGAUUUCCUUUGCUGCUGCAAGGGACACCCUCGAAUUAGGCGACACUCUUAAUUCCUCAAGUUAUCUAGUUUCUAGAAAAAGAGCAUUCACUUUGGGGUUCUUCCACUCUGGAAGUACCAGCAACAUCUACUUGGGAAUAUGGUUCACCAAUGACCCUAAAAAAAUUGUUUGGGUUGGCAACAGAAACGCACCUGUUGUGAACACUGCUGCGGUUCUUACGUUAGAAACCAAAGGAAAUUUCAAAAUUUUGCCCCAAGGUGGAGAUGCAAUAUCUCUGUAUUCUCAUCAAGCAACCAACUACACAGACACUCUCUUUGCAACUCUAUUGGAUUCAGGGAAUUUUGUCCUGCAAGAGUUGGAUUCCAAUGGAACUACGCAAAAGGUUUUGUGGCAAAGUUUUGAUGAGCCUACAGACACACUUCUGCCGGGGAUGAAGUUAGGUGUCAACCACAAGAAUGGAAGACCUUGGUCACUUACCUCAUGGUUGAACGAGGUUGUCCCAGUUCCAGGGCAGUUUUCUCUAGAGUGGGAUCCCAAGGGUCGCCAAUUGAUCAUUCGGCGACAAGGGGUGGAGUUUUGGACUAGUGGGGUCUUGAAAGGUGGCAAAUUUGAGUUCAUAUCAGAUGAAUACAAGAGCAUGUAUAAUUUCACCAUUGUUUCUAACGAGGAUGAAGAACACUUGGUUUAUAAUGAUAUAAACCAAGGUGGACAAUCAGCGUGGUUUCUAAGUUUUGAGGGGAAACUUCUCAGUUUUGAUGGAUCCUAUAUUGCAGAAACGGAAAACUGUAAUGGACACAGUACUGAUGGAGGCUGCAUGAGAUGGCUACCAUCGUGUCGAAGUCGUGAUGACAUGUUUGAUAAAAGAUCUGGUUACUUCAUACAAGGGCCUGAACCUAGCUCCUUGGAUUAUAACACUAAACAUACCAUGAAUGAUUGCAGGGUUACUUGCUGGAACCUCUGUGGCUGUGAUGCCUAUACUUUCCUAUAUGAUAAUCAGACUGGAUGCAAAUUUUGGGAGAAAAAGGGGGAAUUCUUCCAAGACCUCUCUGGUAUAAUUCCAGCUCUUUAUGUUCUAAUACCAAAGUCUUCUCAAAAUGGUACAAAGAAAUGGAUAUGGGUUAUUGGUAUAGCCAUAGGUGUCAUUCCUCUAGUUGUAAUUUUCUUCUGCAUCUUGUGCCACCUAUCAAGAAGGAGAAAUGUAUUUCUUCAAGUGGAGAUGGAUGCAAAGAGUGACGAUGGAAUGCUUGAGCUAAUGAACUCCGAUACGUUUACCACUGUCAAUGAGCUUCAAAAUGAUAGAAAGCAGGGGAAUGAUUUGAGAAUAUUCAGUUAUAAAUGCAUCAUGUCUGCGACAAAUAACUUCUCAUUAGAAAACAAGCUUGGAGAGGGAGGCUUUGGACUUGUUUAUAAGGGAGUAUUUUCACAAGGGCAAGAAAUAGCUAUAAAGAGACUUUCAAGAAAUUCAGGACAAGGAAUGUCAGAGUUCAAGAAUGAGUUGAUACUUAUAUCUGAACUCCAACAUAUGAAUCUUGUUCAACUUCUAGGUUUCUGCAUUCAUAGAGAAGAGAGAAUGUUAAUCUAUGAAUACAUGCCAAACAAAAGCUUGGACUACUUUCUCUUUGAUUCAACCAAAAGCAAAAUGUUAGAUUGGCCUACACGUUUUAGCAUAAUUGAAGGAAUUGCUCAAGGAUUGCUUUACCUCCACAAGUACUCAAGAUUGAGAGUAAUCCAUAGAGAUUUGAAAGCUAGUAAUAUUCUCCUAGACGAAAAUAUGAACCCCAAAAUAUCUGAUUUUGGUAUGGCAAGAAUUUUCCAACAAAAUGAAUUGGAAGCAAAUACUAGGAGGAUUAUGGGGACAUAUGGAUACAUGUCUCCUGAGUAUGCCAUGGAGGGAGUUUUCUCUAUAAAAUCUGAUGUCUACAGUUUUGGAGUUCUAUUGCUAGAAAUCGUGAGUGGUAGGAAAAGCAACAAUUUCUACCACACUAAGCACUUGGACAAUCUUGUUGGAUAUGCAUGGGAAUUAUGGAAAGAAGAUGCCAUGUUAGACUUAAUGGAUCCAACACUUAGUGAUUCAUUCAUCAAGGAUCAGAUGUUUCGAUGCAUUCAUGUUGGUCUCCUAUGCAUAGGAGAUAGUGCAAUUGAUCGACCAACAAUGUCAGAUGUUAUAGCUAUGUUGGCAAAUGAUAGUUUGACACUACCUUCCCCUGAAAAACCCAUAUUUUCUAUAGCUAGAAAAGCAAUUGAAGCGCAUAUAUGUGAGAAAGAAUCAGAAAAUUAUUCAAUAUAUGGGUUAUCCAUUUCCAAUAUGGUUGCACGAUAAAGACAUUAUUGUAUAAUAACUAUGUACU